CUGAAGCAGACUAGAAACGAAAACGAAAGUGCUUGAAGGCUUUUGAAAUACUGACCGGAUGCUACUUCAUUCGCAGAGCGAGAUGGAAGAAAUUAUCACCACUGAAGAAGUGAAUGAGUACCUGGAUGCAGACAACUCCUUUGAAAUUAUUAGUCCUGAUGAAAUUAAAGAGGCACUGGCCUAUGAAGAUCUGCCAUCAGCUGUUGGCAAGAUUAAGGACUAUUUAGAACAACAGGAUCGUGUGGAACUGAACAUCGCUGUGACAGGAGAGUCUGGUUCCGGAAAAUCCACCUUCAUCAAUGCCUUUAGAGGAAUGGGGGAUGAAGAUGAGGACUCUGCAGCAACUGGUGUGGUAGAGACCACUAUGAAGCCUACAGCUUACCCAUAUAAAAAAUACCCAAAUGUCAAACUGUGGGAUCUCCCUGGUAUUGGAACACCCAACUUCAAAGCAGAGGAGUAUCUUAAACAGGUUGAGUUUCAGCGCUAUGAUUUUUUCAUCAUCUUCGCGUCAGAUCGCUUCAGAGAAUGCCAUGCUCAUUUAGCAGCAGAGAUCGUCAAAAUGGAGAAGAAAUUCUACUUUGUUCGUUCGAAGAUUGACGCCAACAUUUAUGCUGAACAAAGAAAGAAGACUUUCAACAAGCAAAAUACACUGGAUGCUAUCCGAAAAAACUGCAUUGAAGGACUGGAAAGCGUCGGAGUAAACUCUCCUCUUGUCUUCCUGAUCACAUGCUUCGACCUUACCAUCUAUGAGUUCAAAAAUCUUGAAGAGACCAUUGAGAAGGAACUUCCCCAGCACAAGAGACAUGUGCUGAUGCUGGCCCUCCCCAACAUCAGCCUGGAGAUCAACGAGAGGAAGAAGAAGGAACUAGAAAAAAAUAUAUGGAAGUUGGCUCUGCUGUCUGCUGGAGUUGCCUCUGUGCCAGUCCCUCUACUGAAUGCAGCUCUUUCAAUCAGUGUAGAUGUGGCGAUUUUGAUGAAAGAGCUCAGAAGAUACUACAAUGUUUUCAGUCUUGAUCCUGCCUCCCUACAAAAGCUUGCUGACAGAUCAGGGAAGUCAGUAGAUGACCUGAAAUAUGUGCUGAAGUCUCCUCUGCAUGCAGAAAUAAACAAAGAUCUGGUCAUUAAGUUGCUGACUGGCAGUAGUGUUGCUGCUACAGAAGCAGCAGCAGAAUACUUCCUGGGUUUGAUUCCUGGUCUGGGAUCUCUAGCAGCUGGUUCACUGUCCUUUGCCACUGUAUACUUUACACUAAAACACUGUCUUGACGGAUUGGUCACAGAUGCUAGAAAUGUGCUCAUAGCUGCUUUAGAAACCUCUGUGUAAAAUACCAGAGCAAAGUUCUUAUAUAUAUAUAUAUAUAU